UUGAAACCGUAUGAAGGUGAUCCAGAAAGGGGUUCGAGUGAACGAAUGUUCAAUUACAGAUUAUCAAGAGCAUGUAGAGUUGUAGAAAACACGUUUGGAGUACUAAGCUCAAGUUACAGAGUUUUGUGUAAACCAAUGCUGUUGGAGCCAGAAAAAGCAAUUAAAGUCGUGCUAGCGACAGUUUACCUGUAUAACUAUUUACGAAGUAAUUCUAAUUUAAGAUCACCGGUAUCUUUUGUUACAAUACAGGGGAAUGGAGAAAUAGUUCCUGGAAGCUGGCGAACGGAACAGGCACCAACAUCACUACUACCGAUAGAUGCCAUACCACGAAGAGCAUCACAAAAUGCCAAGGAUAUUCGGUCCCACUUAGCAACACACUUUAUAACAAAUGGGGCCAUUGUUUGGCAAAAUGAGUACCAAUAA